UUCAAUCUCUGAUAGAAGGUGGAAGACGGUUGGAGACGGGUUGGAUCGGAGGAAGGAAGGACGCGGUGAAUGUGGGCGGGGGACGAGGAUUGGCGGCGAGCUGGGUGAAAAAGGGCGAGGCAGAAAAAUAUGGUGCACGAGGCCACGGGUCCGUGGCACGGCGCGGGAUUCAGCGUAUCGAGGUGGCUGAUGAUCAUAAUACACGGAUACCGGCCUACCACCCUUUUGCUAUCCAUUCUACUUAACGUGCUGGUGCGAACUGCCGAGUAUCCAACAGCGGCCACGGCGGAGAUCGUGGCGACAAAUGGGAAUUCGUUAGAGGCGAGCAUGAAACCAUUGGACAUCGACCUGCCCCCCACGCUUCCGAUGAGCUUCGGCACGGAAAAUUCGACGGUGAUCUCCGCCCAAUCUGGAUCCACCGCGCUCCUGCCUUGCGUCGUUCAUAAUCUCGGGGAUGGAAUGGUGUCGUGGAUCAAGCGGAAGAACGUCCAGGAGUUACUCACCGUAGGACUGACAACGUACGCGAACGACGAGCGUUUCCAGGCAAUUCAUUUCCACCACAGCGAGGAUUGGACUCUUCAAAUAAAAUACGUUCAACCGAGGGAUGCUGGAUUGUACCAGUGCCAAGUAUCCACCCAUCCACCCACGAGUAUAUUUCUGUUCCUCGAGGUUGUCGGAAUCGUUUCCCGUUGACCCGAUUUUAAGGAGGCGCGAAUCACCCUCGGCCUGCAAUCACCGACCGGCAUUCGAGCGUGAUAAAUUUGAAUCGUUAAUAUCGUGUACCAACAGCUA